UCUUUGAUCCGAUUCAACCUUGAAACAAUAACAAACUUUAAUUUUUUAUAGAAAUAUUGGGUUUUUCUAGUUAAAUCGUUUGAAAGAAGUUGUCAUUAACACUAUGAUAACAUGAGUAAUCAAUAUCAACAAACGUUUACAACAACAGAUGGCCAAAAUAAUGUCACAUACGUAACAUUCGUUCAUCCUGACGAUAAUCAAGUUUUAUAUUGUAAGGAGCAACUGACUCCAGAUGGAGAAGAAUAUUACAAUGAGGAUAUCGUAGAAGAAGCUUUAGAUGAAUCCUAUAUUGAAGAAGAACCUAUGGAUAUUUUGGAUAAUAUAAUGAUCAAACGUGAAAGAUCAAAUUCUGAACAUCAUGAGGUUACUCGAAAACUUGUUCAAGUUUCUGGGAAACCAAGAGGUAGACGUCGUAUGAUUCCUGAUCAAACAAGAGCAAUACGUAAAGCCAGAGCGAAUACGAAUAAGCCUUACGUUAAUGCAAAGGGGCAAGAAGUGAAACCGAAAGAAUUUGACGAUUCGUUUGAGUGUACUUGCCCGAAGAAAUGUACUGAUCCUAAAAAACUUCCACUCAAGACACGUAGACAAAUCUUCAACAUGUUUUGGAACAUUGGAUCUUAUGAGGGACGCUGCGCCUUUUUAAACUCUUGCGUUAAUGAAUUACCGAAAAAGAGAACUUACACAAAAAACAAGGAAAUGAGUAGAAGGAAAAUGACAAGAAAAUAUUUUCUGAAAGGAGUUGAAGUUUGCAAAACAACAUUCACCAAAACUCUAAUGAUUUCCAAUUCUCGUAUAGAUGUUUCAUUACAAAAGAUGGAAACUGAAAACUUUAAUGAUGAACGGGGUAAAAAGAAAACUGCUAACGCAUUUUCUGACGAGAAGAAAGAAAAAGUUAUAACGCACAUUAAGAGUAAUUUUGUUCCGGAUGCAAGUCUUCGAGGACUUUGGAGUAAUUAUCAAAUGUCACAUAGCGAUGAUCCAGUCAGUGAAAGUUAUUACAAAAGAAUUUUUUAUGAAAACUUUAACUUAAAAACAAAGAAAAUUGUUAAAAAGAAGAUAAAGUAUGAUGUAGAGACGAUAGAGUAAUAAUGAUCGCAGAGUUAUGAUUUUCUAAUUAUUGUCAACAUUAAAUAAUUGAAUUAAACAAAAACAUUGUUGAAAUAAAAUUUGCUACCAUCGUUU